AUGCCGUCUCCUCCAUCGCAAGAGCUGGCCAAGCGUCCUGCUGGCCAGCUCAUGCCUCCACCGCCGCCCCCAAAGAGGAUCAAACGGCCCGCGACUGUUCUCGACGAAGAUGUCUACACCAGUACCCUAUCCCACAUCAUCGCCCGCGACUUUUUCCCCGGAUUACUGGAAACGCAAAUUAAGCAGGAAUAUUUGGACGCCCUGGAGUCAAAAGACAAGGCAUGGAUCGCAAGCUCCAAGAAGAAGCUGACGGAUGUCAUGCGCACGCCCACGCCUGGAUCGAAUACCAGACGAAAGUCGGACUCGUCAAUGCCGAGCACACCACAGCAUUUCGGACGACCCGGAGACACCCCUCACGGUUGGGGAGGCGAUACCCCGAUGUCCAUGGUAUCGACUAGCACAGCAGCAACCGAAGUUCAGAAAGCACCGGACGUAUCAAACAUGGGCCUCCUCGCCUUCCAAUCAAAGUACACGAGCGAGGACAACGAAUCUUUCAAUAAAGUUGUCGACAAACAAAACGAGAAACGACGAGAAAAACACGCCUGGCUAUGGAACGACAACAAAAUCCCCUCCGCCCGCCAAAUCGCCCACAGUCAACGAGAGACAAAGCGCAUCACGGCCGCAGGUGGAAAUCCAGAAACUGGUCUGGUAAAACACGAAAUCAAAACAAAUCUCGAUGCCCGUCCCGCAAAACCAGAUACCUGGAAAUUCCGCCCAGACAACACCCUUAUGUUCCUCCCCUCUUCAGUGGAAGACACCCAUGAAACCAAACCCCAAAAAGCAGAAGCAACAUCUCGCGCUGGCCCAAAGCGAACUCUUUACCAAAACACAAGACUGCUAGACCCCCACGCAGCAGCAGCAGCAGAUGCUGUGCCUCCGUCCCCCUCUAUAUCCGCCAUCCAAGACGCAAUCGCCGGCCGACCGCGUCUCAAUGAGUCCGAAGCAUACACAGGCAGUGAAACGCCGCGCGUAAACGGCUACGCAUUCGUCGAUGAGGACGAGCCGGAAUCCUUCUCACACAGCUCCAGCUCUAAAGAUGACGAAGCCGAUUGGCGUCUUCUGGGCCCGUCAUCGUCAGAACGCAAUCCCUUCCAGCUGGCUGAAACGGGAAAGCGCGAGGCACUGCAUCAUCGGAUGGUUGAUCGGGUGGCGAGGAAUAAACGUGCGGAAAAGGCAGCUAGUGUUAAGACGCCAUUGAGGACGCCGUAUGGGAGGGGGAAUUCUACGCCUGGGAAGAUGCUUACGCCUGCUGCGCAGAUGUUGUUGCAGAGGGUUGGGACCCCCAGGGCGAAGAGGGAGAUGGGGAGGGAUUGGACGCCUAGGAAGUGA